AUGGGAAAAAACGGCCAUCCCCGCCUUCCUGACCCCGCCCUUCUAGAACUUCUCUGUGCUGGUGAGGUAGAUGCCCCCAAUUCGAAGGCAAAACCAAAGGCAAGAUGGAAUCGGAAAUUGAAAUUGAAAUUGAUGCUGGAUGCCAGAUCCAAUGAUGAAGGGCCCAAAGCUUCACAACUGGGUUGGUAUAGUUCACGCUGGAGGAGUUUUCUUGAAGAUGCGAAGGGGGAGUGUCAUACCCAGCAAGCGUUGGAAAACCCAUUUCCAAGCCUUGUUGUUGACAUGCCGGUCUCAAUCACUGAAUCACUCUCUGCAUCCCUUGUGCAAUGGCUCAAAAACGGCCACCAAGUUGACGCUGGUGUGUGGCCCGAACACAAACCUGACAUGGCAAGGCUGGUGUGCAUAUACAUUGUCGAGCACGCAGCUUGGGUUGAAGCCGCUGCUGAAGAAUUACUGGACAAUGGCAAGUUUCUGCACCAUGGACUAAACGAUUUAGGGAAAACGAGGAACUUUGCUCACCCCGCGCUCCAUGAAGCUAUCAUUCUAUUCAUGUAUACUGGAACUUAUCGCAUUGCUCAUAGGCGACCAGGUAUUUUUCGGAAAGAGGUACCAUUGAAAUGUUUGGCUCUUUUCCAUUGCGUCCUGCAAGGCCUCGUGAAACACGGCAAUGGCAAGUUUUAUCCAAAGUUUACCACCAAGGAGUAUGAGUCUGUUUACAUGGCAAUGCUCAGUCUACUUGAAAAUGUCAAGAACGACCCUUAUCACGGUCCCAAGCUGAUGCAUCAGCUUCGUGAAUGGGCUCAAGCUGGAUGGACGGAGGCAUGCAAAUACGAUGGCAUCAACACAUCGAAGCACCAUAAUCUACGAGUGCAGCUUGAUUGA